AAGAUAACUGGAGUCACUCAUGAAGUCAUUCCAAGGAACAAGGGACCCAGCAGCCCCCUGUGGCCUCUGCAGCCUCACUUCUGCUGUCCUUUCACUUCAACAGAAGCUUCUUCAGGCUUCUGUUUCAAUCUCACAUGGCAUCAAAGAUUGCAUCUAUGGACUCACAAGUAUCCAGUAGUGAACAGAGAAAAAGAGAAACUAUUCGUUCCUUGACUAUGUGUGGCCAUGUUGGUUUUGAGAGUUUGCCUGAUCAGCUUGUCAGUAGAUCCAUUCAGCAAGGCUUCUGUUUCAACAUUCUCUGUGUGGGAGAAACUGGAAUUGGAAAAUCAACACUGAUUAAUACAUUGUUUAAUACUAAUUUUGAAGAACAUGAAUGCUCACAUUUUUGCCCAGAUGUUAAACUUAAAGCUCAGACAUAUGAACUCCAGGAAAGUAAUGUACGGUUAAAAUUGACCAUUGUGAAUACAGUGGGAUUUGGUGACCAAAUAAAUAAAGAAGAAAGCUACCAACCCAUCGUUGACUACAUAAAUGCUCAGUUUGAGGCUUAUCUCCAAGAAGAAUUGAAGAUCAAGCGCUCUCUCUUCAACUACCAUGAUUCUCGCAUACAUGUGUGCCUCUACUUCAUCACCCCCACAGGCCACUCUCUGAAGACACUUGACCUCUUAACUAUGAAGAACCUGGACAGCAAGGUUAACAUUAUACCAGUGAUUGCUAAAGCCGAUACAAUUUCUAAAACUGAAUUACAGAAGUUUAAGGUGAAGCUCAUGAGUGAGUUGAUCAGUAAUGGUGUCCAGAUAUACCAGUUCCCAACAGAUGAUGAGACCAUUGCCAAAAUCAGUGCUGCAAUGAAUGAACAUUUGCCGUUUGCUGUUGUGGGAAGUAUGGAUGAGGUUAAAGUUGGAAAUAAGAUGGUCAAAGCUCGCCAGUACCCUUGGGGUAUUGUACAAGUGGAGAAUGAAAACCACUGUGACUUUGUGAAGCUGCGAGAAAUGCUCAUCUGCAUGAACAUGGAGGACCUGCGGGAGCAGACGCACACCAGGCACUAUGAGCUGUACCGGCGUUGCAAACUGGAGGAGAUGGGCUUUACAGAUGUGGGCCCUGAAAACAAGCCCAUCAGUCUUCAAGAGACCUAUGAAGCCAAAAGACAUGAAUUCCAUGGUGAGCGUCAGAGGAAGGAAGAGGAAAUGAAGCAGAUGUUUGUACAGCGAGUAAAGGAGAAAGAAGCCAUAUUGAAAGAAGCUGAAAGAGAGCUGCAAGCCAAAUUUGAGCACUUGAAACGAGUUCACCAAGAAGAGAGAAUAAAGCUUGAAGAAAAGAGAAGAGUUUUGGAAGAAGAAAUAAUUGCUUUCUCUAAAAAGAAGGCCGCCUCGGAGAUACUUCAGAACCAGUCUUUUCUGGCAUCAGGUAUCGGCAUGAAGAAGGACAAGGACCGUAAAAACUCCAAUUUUAUGUAACACAGGAGUUCCAGAGUAUAGAAGGCCAUCACAAGCAAGAGUAAACUGUUACAAGUGAGCCUUGAUUUUCUUGUUACUCUUAUUUGGGUCACCACAGAUUCUAUAUAUGUGGCAGAUGGCCACAGUUACUGACAUUUAUGGUAAAAUAUUUUCAAAUAUAAGGUCAAUUCCUAAGCCAGAGUGGAUGAUACAUACUUCUUAUAUAUUCACUGUUGUUAGAAAUCUUUAAGUUGGUAUUUUGUGAUGAAUCUAGAUGUCUUUUCCUAUUGCCAGGUGCUUGUCAUUUUAUAUUAUGCAUUGUACCAAAGAGCAAGACUCAGUGCCAUUGAAAAUGUAGAACACCUUCACUUAUGGCUGAUUGCAUUUAUAUUCCAAGAUGAACCUUCUUUGGUAUAUACUAAACAAAAAACUUGGGGGACUAUAUUUUGGAAUGUAUCAUAGCUAAACUCUAGCUUCUCAACAGUUCUAUAGAACUAAUUUUUUACACAACUGUUAAGUAGUAUCCUAAGCUUCUGUGUCAAAUUAUAUAACGUGAUAAGCACUUAUAUGCUUCAGUGUGCCUUAUGGUUGUUGUAUUGCUGUGAUGAAACAAAAUAUGUUCAAAAGCUUAAAACAUCCAGGACUACAGACCCUUUUAGAGUACUUUUGAACCUGGGUGUAUCACAUUAUUUCCAUUAGUCUGUCUUACAUACUUGUUUAAAACUCUGUCUUUGAGGGGAAAAAUAAUAAAGUUGAGUCAUUUUUAUUAAAAAUA